UUCUGAUCUAUCUCGUCUUCCUGACAUCAAGUCUUCUCACUUGCGGUCAAGAUGCCUCAUCCACUUACCGCCAAGUAUGACUGGAUCCUGGCCAUCACAUCGAUGGCCUUUGUCUUCAGUGCGGCCAGUAACGGAGCCAACGAUGUCGCAAACGCCUACGCCACCUCCGUCGCGGCCCGCACCCUGAAGAUGUGGCACGUCGGUAUCCUGGCCGCAAUUACUGAGUUCGUCGGUGCGGUCGCGCUCGGAAACCGUGUGACCGACACCAUCAAAUCCGGCAUCAUCACCCCCGACCGCUUCAUUGGUAACCCCGGUACCUACAUGCUCGCCAUGGGAUGCGCUGAGGUCGGCUCCGCUGCCUGGCUCACCACCGCUACCUUCUUGGGCUGGCCCGUAUCCACAACGCAGAGUAUCAUUGGUGCAUUGGUCGGUGUCGGCUUUGCGACCCAGGCCGAUAUCACCUGGGAAUGGACCAGCGGCAGUGUCUCGCAGACCGCCGCCUCAUGGGGUGUUGCUCCCGGCAUCGCCUGCGGUUUCUCGGCCAUCAUCUUCGGUACCCUCAAGUACGCCGUCCUCGAGCGUGAGGAUCCUUUCAAGUGGGGUCUGCGUCUGAUCCCCUGGUACAUCGCCUUGACUGGUGGGAUACUCGCCCUGUUUAUCACGAUCGAAGCGCCCACCGCCCCUUCUCUCGAGGAAUUCGGCGCCGGAAAGGCUGUCGGUAUCAUCCUCGGCUGUUUCUUCGGUUGUCUUUUCGUCGGCUACGUCUUCUUCAUGCCCUACUUCCACCGCCGCCUCGUCAGGCGUGACGCCCGCGUUCGCUUCUACCAUAUCCCACUUGGACCCCUCCUCUGGACUGAAAACCCGCCUCUCUAUUUCCCUCGUGAGGGUGAAUGGGCCAUUACAAACCACUACGAGGAUGCAUACGGUGAGGUCCGCGCAGGCGGACAACAGACUAUCACCGCCGCUGUGGCCGGCAGCGUCCUUCCUCCUGCGGACGGAAAAGAAGCCAGGGACACAGACAUUGAGCGCCAGCCCGACUCGCUUGCUUCAAGUCCCGAAAUCGCACCCAAAAAGCGUAUCAUUGAGCCUGAAGAACGCUUCCUCGACCCCGUCCGUGAUCUCUCUUGGGGUAACCCCCGGAAGUGGCUUGGCUACAUCAAAUACGCCUUCCUGCAGGGUGUGACCCGCGACGUGAUCACGCACGAUUCCCAGCUCCUCCGCGACAUUCAUGCCCGUGCCCGUCGCUACGACGACCGCGUCGAACACAUGUGGACAUACUGCCAGGUUGUCUCCGCCAUGAUGAUGUCCAUCGCCCACGGAUCGAACGAUGUUGCCAACGCCGUGGGUCCAUGGGCUGGAAGCUACCACACCUUCAACUCCGGCUCAGUGGAAACAGAAGCCAGCACACCAGUGUGGUUCCUCGUUAUUGCUGGUUUGCUCCUUGGUGGCGGAUUCUGGUUCUACGGGUACCAUAUCAUGAGGGCGCUUGGCAACAAGAUCACCCAGAUGUCUCCAACGCGCGGGUUCGCGACGGAGCUGGGUGCGGCCACGACGGUAUUGCUUGCGUCGCGUUUGGGAUUGCCCGUCUCGACAACACAGUGCCUCACUGGCGCUGCGAUCGGUGUUGCCCUAAUGAACUAUGACCUUGCGGCGGUCAAUUGGCGUCAGAUUGCAUUUAUCUUCUCGGGCUGGGUGCUUACCCUGCCUUGCGCCGGCCUUAUUGCUGGUCUACUUUGUGUAAUGGCGUUGAAUGCGCCGCAUUUCUAGUUUUGCGUUGCGGAUUGUGCAACUGUCUCUUUUGUAUGAUUGGUAACUGGAGAGAUUGUUUGGGGCCCGUUAGACUAUACCCGUAUAAUGUUAACUACUCUUCUU